AUCGAAAGCUCGACAAUACCACCCGACCAGCAACCAUGGCGACCGAACUCACUGUCCAGUCGGAGCGCGCUUUCCAGAAGCAGCCUCACAUCUUCCUCAACCACAAGGUCGGCGGACCGCGCAAGAACACCCGCAACAGGAGAUGGUACAAGGAUGUUGGUCUGGGCUUCCGUACGCCCAAGACUGCCAUUGAGGGUACCUACAUUGACAAGAAGUGCCCCUUCACUGGCAUGGUCUCCAUCCGUGGCCGUAUCCUUACCGGAACCGUCAUGUCCACCAAGAUGCAUCGCACCUUGAUCAUCCGCCGUGAAUACCUCCACUUCAUCCCCAAGUACUCCCGUUACGAGAAGCGCCACAAGAACCUCGCCGCACACGUCUCGCCCGCUUUCCGUGUUGAGCCCGGUGACCAGGUCGUCGUUGGCCAGUGCAGGCCCCUCUCCAAGACCGUCCGCUUCAACGUCCUCCGUGUCCUCCCCCGAAAGGGAAAGGCUGCUAAGCAGUUCAACAAGUUCUAAAUGCAUAGAAAAGGGAUGGUGUAACGGUUCAUGAUCAGCAAAGAAAGGAAAGAAACGUGGUUGUGUCGGAGCGUGGUGGUUUUCCAUAUGGUCAAAACUCGGCAUCUGGGUUGAGGAAUCGGAGUCCAAUGGCCAUGUAUGUUUCUUCAGCCACGAUCAAUGAAAGUCCUCGAGUGGCCAAACAAGCCACCGAGGCGGGUCAAAAGUUC